AUGCAGCAGAAUGAUCACUUGGAUAAAGAGAAUAUUGAUCUAUCCAUUUGCCAAUUGCAAAAUCUGAAAGUUCAUUGUGGUAAAGGCCGUCCGGUUGGUACUAAAAGCAGUCAUGGAAAUUUCUCUAAUCAAGAUAAAGAGUUCAUAUGUGAAUGUGUUGAAGAGUAUUUAAAAACAAUUGGAAAAAUCAAAUGGAAACAAUUACAAAAAAGAAUGCAAAAAGAUCGGUGUGUACCUUGUUCGCAAAUUGAUCUGAAAAAUGGUUGGAACUUAAAGUAUUUACGGGAAGGUGGAGCCGAAGCGCCAGAUGAAGAAGUUAUUUGA